AUGCACCAGCUGUUUAGCCAGGUGCUGGGUCAGAGGGAUCUAUCCAGAGCGGGAGAUCUGUUUUCUCUGGAGGACGCAGAGAUUGAAGACUGUCUGUCUCAAGCUCUGGACCAGAUCAAGGUCAUCUCCUGCUCACCGGACUAUUUGACCAAUGACAAUGACCAAGCUGUGGUGGAGAUUUGCAUAACACGCAUCACCACAGCCAUAAGGGAGACCGGCUCCAUCGAGCGACACAGCACGGCUCUGGUGGGACUGUGGGAAUCAUGUCUAGAACAUAACCUCACUCCGCAAGGUGAAAACACAGAGGACACGCCGCACGCCAAGAUAGCGUCUGACAUCACCAGCUGUAUCCUGCAGAACUACAGCUGUCCGUCAGUCAUGGUUCUGGCUGUUCCAGUAGCGGUACGGUUCCUGCAGAGAGGGAACAGGGAGCUGAGCAGGAACAUGUCCAGUUAUCUCUCCCUGGCUGCUAUAGCUAAGGCUGAUCUGCUGGCUGAACACACAGAGGCCAUAACAAUCAGUGUACUGGGAGGUAACCACAUGCUGUUACGAGUGCUGCCCUCCGUCUAUCCCAGACAACCGGACACCAUCCACCGUCACCUAGGAAACCUUACUGCAAUGAUGUCACAGCUGGAAUCCCCAGAGCAACAGCACCUUAUCAGACUUAUUCAAAUAGUUGCAGAGCAACAUCCACUUAUGUUGAGCCCUCAGGUGCCUACGUUGGUCAGUUACCUAGGUGACCAGUCCUUGACUGAGGCUCUAUUGGGUGCUCUCGUCGAUGUGUCACAGGCCAGCCCUUCCUCAUUGGUCAGCUUUCUGCCAGCACUGAGGAUUGUGGCACAGCAGUGUCCUGCUUUCUUGGGUCACGUGGCCAAAAUCCACGGUGCUGUGGGCAUCAUCAGUGAGACUCAUGCUCACAGCUCAUUGGUCUACCUGGUGUCCCUUCUGGGCAGCAUGGAGCACAGCUUUCACCACACCCUGCUGCUGGAGAUUAGAGCUCUGACUGACCGUUACCCGUCUUUACUGGGGGGCUGUGGCAAAGACAUCUACAGGAUGAGCAACUCAUUCACUGCUAUAGCCAGACUGCUGGGAAGACGACUGGAGGAGAAAACAGCCACACAUUGCAGGGUGGAUGAGGCGUGUCCUUCUCCCCAUGCAGCUCUUCCAGGUGGAGGAGGAGGAGUCGCGUUGGAGCAGCGGCUGCAGGUGAAGAUUCAGGCGUUUGAGGAGAAAAUGGGGGAGGAGGAAGAGGAGGAGGUGGUGGAGGACUCUCCUGCCCCCCAGCGACGCUACAGCCUGAGCCAAGCUGUCAGGGAGGAGAGACGUGAGAUGAGAUUCAACAGGUCAAAGAGCCUUGCUCUCCAUGCUGUACGUUCGCGCUCCAUCAACUCAGACACUGGGGAGGACUGUGAAGGAGUGGAGCUCAGUACAGAAAAUGCUCUUUCCAAUACUUUGCCUAAUCAGCACUCAGAAAACCAGGAAGCAUCACCUGCUGAGAGGAGACUGACAGGUGACUGCUCCCUGCCCAUCACUGCUGCCCUGGACAGACGGCUAAAAGAGGCUGAGAAAGGCCAAAGCACAGAGAUGGAGGGAGAAAAAGUGGAGCAGGGAGAGGCUGACAGACUCUUCAUACAUUUAAGAGAAAAUAUGGAGACCAUCAGAGGGUUCUGUAAAGACAUGGUGCAGCAGAUCCCCAUACCGGAGCAGUGUGCGAUAGAAGAUUCACAUCGAGGCUGUGUGGCCAAGCUGUCGUUCUCUUGUCCUUUGAAGGGCCUCUACUGUCUGUACGCCAAGUCCUCCUUCAACCUGACCAGCCGACAACCUCAUCUUUGGAUUCACAUCAUGCUGCUACAUCUACAGAGUAAAUCAAGUGUACCUCUGUGCACCAAGGACGAGUGCAUCCAAAGACUGGCUUCUCUUUGGGAGAAGACGCAGCUUAAAGGAGCUCACAGCUUUUCUAUGGCCAUGACACAGCACACCACCCCACACAGGAAGGACCUGGACAAUCUUCAGAUCCAGCUGGAGGAGGUGCGUUUCUUCGACCUGUUUGGUUACAGUGAGGAAGAAGGAGGUUGGCUCUGCUUCAUGUGUAACAACCCUGAGAAGGCCACAGUUGUGAACCAGGAGGGACAACCUUUAAUUGAAGGGAAGCUAAAGGAAAAGCAGGUCCGCUGGAAGUUUAUUAAGCGCUGGAAAACCCGCUACUUCACCUUGGCAGGAAAUCAGCUACUCUUCCGGAGAGGCAAAUCAAAAGACGAGCUGGAUGACAUCCCUAUUGAGCUGAGCAAGGUGCAGAGUGUCAAGGUGGUGGCCAAGAAGCGUCGGGAUCGGGGUCUGCCGCGGGCCUUUGAGAUCUUCACCGACAGCAAAACGUACGUGCUGAAAGCUCAGGAUGAGAAACAUGCUGAGGAAUGGCUGCAGUGCAUCAACGUGGCUGUGGCUCAGGCCAGAGAGAGGGAGAACAGAGAGGCCACCACCUACCUGUGA